GGUAGAUGAAGAUAUUUAUGCACUCCAUUUUUGCUCGGUUGCUCUCUCUCUAUAUAUAUACUUACAUAUUUUGCCUCCUCUCCUCCCUUUCUCCUUCCGGUCCGGCCACCAUGUUUAUCAUGAGAAGAAGAACUAAAAUCCAGCUUCUUGUUUUAACCAUCUCAAUUACUCUUUUCCUAGUCCAAGCCUCCUCCUCCAUCCCAGUAUUGCACCACCUUCAGAUCGCACACUCAGCUUGUGAAGGUACCUUAUACCCAGAACUCUGCGUUUCAACUCUGUCUUCCUUCCCAGACCUAACUUCCAAAACCAUCUCACAAAUGAUCUCUUCUACUGUCAACUACACUGUAAAAGAAGUCGAGAUUUCUGCCUCUAACUGCACUGACAUCCGAAAGAACCUCAAAGCGCAAGACCCACUUGAACAGCGGGCUCUGGAUGACUGUUUAGAACUUUUCGACGAAACCAUCUCAGAGCUUCAAACCGCUCUCUCUGAUCUAUCACCAAAAAGCUCACCUUCAAAGCACUACAAUGACUUGCAAACGUUGUUAAGCGCUGCUAUGACGAAUCAGUACACCUGUCUCGAUGGAUUGUCCUUGGGCAAUGAGCAGGUAAUCAGAGAGGAGAUAAAGCAAAACUUAAACAACAUAAGCCAUUUGGUCAGUAAUUCUCUAGCGAUGCUUACAAAGAUGCCAAAGGCGGCCGAUACCCUGAAGGACGAGGUGUUCCCCGAGUAUGGUAAAAUGGCCGGCAGGUUCCCGGGAUGGGUGUCGCCCAAAGAUCGAAAGCUGUUGCAGGCGUCGACCAACACGAUGAAGUUUGAUCUGGUGGUGGCUAAAGACGGGAGUGGCAACUUCAGGACGAUAGGCGAGGCGGUAGCUGCGGCACCUAAUUCGAGUGCAACCAGAUUUGUGAUCUAUAUAAAGGCAGGAACAUAUUUCGAAAAUGUGGACGUGGGGAAGAAGAAGACCAUGCUGAUGUUCGUCGGAGAUGGGAUCGGAAAGACAGUGGUCAAAGCUAGUCGCAAUGUCGUCGAUGGCUGGACUACUUUCCGUUCUGCUACUGUCGCUGUGGUGGGCAAUGGAUUUAUUGCCCGGGACAUGACCAUCGAGAACGCAGCGGGACCUAGCAAACAUCAAGCGGUGGCACUAAGAAGCGGUUCAGAUCUUUCUGCAUUCUAUCGCUGUAGCUUCGUAGGUUACCAAGACACUCUGUAUGUGCAUUCUCUCAGACAGUUUUACAGAGAGUGCGACAUAUAUGGCACAGUUGACUUCAUCUUCGGCAAUGCAGCUGUUGUAUUUCAAAACUGCAAUCUGUAUGCUCGUCGUCCCAAUGCCAACCAGAAGAACAUUUUCACGGCACAAGGAAGAGAAGACCCCAACCAGAACACCGGCAUUUCCAUCCUCAACUGUAAAGUCACCUUAGCGGCGGAUCUCAGUCCGGUGAAAUCAUCAUUCCACACAUAUCUUGGUCGGCCAUGGAAAGAAUACUCCAGAACAGUAUUUAUAGGUUCCUAUCUCGAUGAUCUGAUAAACCCAGCUGGAUGGUUAGAAUGGUCGGGCAAUUUUGGAUUGAGCACCCUUUACUAUGGGGAGUAUAUGAAUAAAGGUCCAGGUUCAGAUACAACCAACAGGGUGAAGUGGCCUGGUUACAGAGUCAUCAACAGCUCUACGGAGGCAACCCAGUUCACAGUGGCAUCUUUUAUACAAGGAGGUGGUUGGCUAUCAUCCACCGGAAUUCCAUAUUCCGCAGGUUUAAGUUGAACAUGAAUUAAUCAAUCCUUCUGCGUUGAAUAACAGCAGCUAGCAGUACUGUUUCUCUUGUGGUGUAACUUAUCAAUUUGCUGUUGCUUGGAAGAGGUUCACCGUCGAAUUCUCUAUAUGGUGGUAAUUUCACUUAUUUUUCUGUGUUACUAUUAAAGCUAUGUCUGAAUCCGUUAGGUCUAUAAUUGUAAUGGUUUCCAAUGAAUACCAGCUAGUAAUGCAUCUGAUUUGCCUGCUGUAACAGGGCUCUUUUACUUUGCUCAACGAGAGCUUUCCCAUCA